UUCAUAAUCAUCAAAUAGUUAAACAUGAAGAUUAUCAACAUCUUACUGAACAAGAAUUUAUAAAAAAUACUAUAUCAGAUAGAAAUAAUUGUUUAGCAAUUUGUCAAUGUAAAUGUUGUUCUCAAUGCAUAUUGGCUCAUUAUGAUGAUAAUUCUGGACCAUAUGAAUAUUUAAUUCAACAAAAUAAAAAUGUUCAAAAUAAAACAGAAAAAAAUCAAUAUAAAGAUCAUAUAUUAAAGGCUGCUAAAGAAUGUAUAGAUGAAAUUAUUAAAAAUAAUUUAUUAAAAGAAGAAGCAAUUAUCAAACUUCUUCAAAGAAAGAAAGAUGCUAUUCAAAGAUGUUGGUGUCCAGUGGUUUUUUAUCUAUAUAGACUAGAAGAAUCUGAAAAAACUA